AUGACCACGACAGCGACUCUGAUCGAAUGGAUGGAACUGUUGAAUGACAUGCUUCAGUUCCUGGAUGCAACAGCCACAUCUGCACAGCACCUUGCAGGCCUCGGAAAGGCAAUAAACGGGAACCAACAGCAGCUGCAGCAUCAUCAUCACCCACAAUGCGGCGAUGAUUUUAAGUGUGAAGAGGAGCAUUGCGACUGGCGUCUUCAAUGUGAAAACCGGCUGCCCCCGGAGACCACCGAAUACGGUCAACGGGAGACUGCUGAGUAUAUGAAUAUUGUCAAUAAAAUAGACGAAUCUCGCUAUAUGUUGAUACACAAAUGUAAAUCGUUUCUGGGGAUGCUGGAAAAGCGACUGCCACGUAAACAGCUAGCUACAGGAGACUACGGUGGAAAAGGAGAGGAAGACGAAAACUCAUAUCUGGAGAUGGGUGGUGUGGGAAAUAAAAAUGGCACUAAUUUUGUUUUGCCAACAGAUAGGAUUGACGCGAGUUGUGAAAAUUCCGUUGAAAGUGGCAUCGAAGGUGAUGUCGUCUUCGAAGAAGACGAUAUAUCCGCCUCCGUCAUCGUCGAUGGUGGUAAAAACGAGGAAGAGCUGAGUAUAGAGGAAAAUUGUUAUGAUUUUACAACCGAUAGCUGUUUGUACGAUGAUUGCUCCGAGCUGAAAUUGAGUAAUCUGGUGAGUUUGGUCUCCGUGGAGGAUGACAUCAGUAAAUGUCCCUUUAGUGGUUUACCGGCAACACAUUUACGUCUCAAGCAAUCGCCGAAAUAUGGAACUCUUUUCAGACUGGAAAAGCGAUUAUUUUUUGAUCAAUCAAAAAAAUUCUACGUUGGUCUUCUGGAUAAAUGGCUUCUAUUGUACAACAAUUGUAACGAACUAAAGCCAGCCCAAUGUGUUCAAGUGAAAGACAUCAAGCUAGAUCUAAGUCUGAACGAUCAAAUCAACGAAAAAAAUCAAUUCAACAUUAUCACACAAAACGACGGGAAACUUUGCUUCCUAACGCCAAGUUUCAAAGAACUCAACGAAUGGGUGGUUGCCAUUCAGCAAAACUUGCUUGCCAAAGGUGAAAAUGCGUCAGGUAACAGUCCUCGUAAAUUACCUCUUCCACCUACGCCAGAUAUUGCCGCCGAUGAGCCAGACAAUGGAACCGAUUCAAAGGAUCACGAAGACGGCAUCUACGAGGAACCCCAGCAGCUGCUGUGCAAACAGCACCCAACUACCAAGGACCAACACAAUUAUGACACACCGAAGGCAGCCACCGAAGUGGGGCACAACCUGAGCCAACAGAACACGAAAGUCAGUCCUAGUAAAAUAAUUAAUGUCGUUCCGAUUUCACCGGGCAGGCCAAACAAAUGUGAGCCAAUUUGCCAGUCACCGGUGCCAACUGUUGCUAGCAUUUCCAGCAGCCAAUCCACAUCAGCAGCAACGACAACUCCGGUCAAAAGUUGGUUGUUUAAUCGGUUCAAUAAAUCUCCCGACUCCGGUGCCGGUGUCGACCAGAAACAUGUAAGGAAGCCACCGCACAAGAAACACUCCUUUCACCACCAGCAGGACGCUGCUGGUCUAGUUGGGAUGAAGCCAACCCCGGCAAUUGGCUGUACGGAUGGGAUUGCAAAACCGCCCAUUUCGAUCAAAUCGCCAUCGGUAACAGUUCCAUCGGCAUCGCACAAGGGAAGCAAAAUAAAUAUGAUAAUUAGCCAGUUGGAAGCGAACGGGCAAUUGAGUCUGCUGUCGAAAAGUUGGAACGAACAGGGAAAACGAAACACUUGGUGUGCGGAGGAAUAGCUCUCUUUUGUUAGU